AUGCCCGCCGGAGCGACGAUGCUGCACUGGAGCAAGGAAGCGGAGUGGCGGGGAGGGGAGGGACCCAGAGCCCAGCUGCCUCCUGCCGCCGCCUUCACGCUCCUCGGCCGGGGAGGAGCCGCGGCGGCAGCAGCGGCAGGAGCACAUGGAGCGGGCGAGCCCUGGGCGGCCGGCGCAGCAAUGGUGUUUGCCAUCUUCAUCAAGCACAGGGAUACCCCCAUUGUCAAAGCCAACAAUGGGAAGCUCACGAUAGUGUUAAAGAACUACCAGCAUAUUCUGUCCUUGGUGUUUGCUGUGAAAGAGAUCAAUGAAAACCCCAGCAUCUUACCCAACCACACUUUGGGGCUCCACUUAUAUGAAAGCCACUUCAAUGCAAGGAUGACUUAUCAGAACACCCUGAACCUUGUCUUCAGUCAGAAUUGGACUCUCCUAAACUUCAAAUGUGGCAGUAAGACUCUGAUAGCAGUUAUAGGAGGCCUUGAAUCUGAAACUACUCUCUACAUGGCCACCAUCUUAGGCAUCUACAAGAUUCCCCAGGUCAGCUAUAACUUAUUUGCUUCAGCAGUGAAUGAUGAAAUUCAUCUCUCAUCUGUGUACCAGAUGGUCCCCAAUGAAGCACAUCAGUACUCUGGGAUUGUUCAGCUUCUUCUGCAUUUCCAUUGGAAGUGGGUUGGCCUCAUCGUAUUGGGUGAUGAUCAAGGUGAAAAGUUUGGGCAGACUUUGACAGAACUGUUUUCCCAAAAUUGCAUCUGUCCUGCUUUCACUGUAAAACUCGUAAUCCAAAGUGAGUUUUCAGAUACACUCCGUAUGAUGCAACACUUUGUGGAUGACUCCAACAUCUUAAGCCACACAGAUGUGAAUAUAUUUGUUAUAAAUGCAGAUACUCUUACCAUGGAAACAGUGCACUGGGUGUUAGCAGCUGCUGAACUGAAUGCUUUGCCAUCCAUUUGCAAGGUGUGGGUGAUGACUGCCCAAUGGGGUUUCUCAUUGGAAACAGUUCACAGGGUACUGGAUGUACAAGUCUUCCAUGGUGCUUUAUCCUUUGCCAUUCAUUCCAAUGAGCUCCAAGGGUUCCACAGUUUCCUUCAAAACAUAAAACCCUACUCCAAGACAGAUAGUUUCAUCAGAAUCUUCUGGGAACAGGCUUUUGACUGCUCCUUUUCAGAUAUUGAGAGGAGUGAGGAGACCAAGAAAAGCUGCACAGGGGGAGAAAAGCUGGAGAGCCUUCCGAGUCCAUUUUUUGAAAUGAGCAUGACGGGCCACAGCUACAGUAUCUAUAAUGCUGUCUAUGCUGUUGCACAUGCAUUCCAUGCCAUGCAGUCAUCCAGAACCAAGCACUUGGGAACGAUUUACAGUUUUCUGAGGAGCAUUUCAUUCAACAACAGUGCUGGGGACACAAUAUCUUUCAAUGAGAAUGGCGAAUUAGUAGGUAGAUUUGAUAUUAUCAACUGGAUCACCUUCCCAAACAGAUCCUUCUUAAGAGUAAAAGUUGGGGAAAUGGAUCCCCAAGCUCCACAGGGCAAGGAGUUUUCCAUUAAUGAGAGAAUCAUUAUGUGGCACAGCAGAUUUAAUCAGACUGUACCCAUUGCUCUGUGUAAUGAGAACUGCCUUCCAGGUUACAGCAAGAAAAGUAUAGAGGGGCGACCAUUUUGUUGCUAUGAGUGUGAUCCAUGUCCAAAGGGGAAGAUUUCAAACCAAAAAGAUGCAGAUGAUUGUUUCCAGUGUCCAGAAGGCCAGUACCCAAGUGAUGAUAAAAAUCAGUGCUUUUUCAAGGUGGUAAGCUUCUUGUCUUAUGAAGAACCUUUGGGUAUAUGCUUGGCUCUUUUGGCCCUCUCCCUCUCUGGAACCACAGCAGUGGUGUUAGCUAUCUUCAUCAAGCAUAGGAAUACUCCCAUCAUCAAAGCCAACAACUGGAAGCUCACGUACACUCUGCUUAUCUCCCUUCUGCUUUGCUUCCUCUGUUCCUUGCUCUUCAUUGGUCAGCCUCAGCUCAUGAUUUGCCUUUUACGCCAAACUGCUUUUGGCAUCAUCUUCUCGGUGGCUGUUUCUUCUGUUUUAGCCAAAACCAUCACAGUGGUUCUGGCUUUUGUGGCUACUAAGCCAGGAUCUAGGAUGAAGAAAUGGCUGGGGAAAGGAUUUGCAAGCUCUAUUGUUGUCUGCUGCUCUUUUGGUCAAGCAAGUAUUUGCAUAGUAUGGCUUUCCAUUGACCCUCCAUUUCCAGAUGUUGACAUGAACUCUCUGGAAGAAGAAAUCAUAAUGGAAUGCAAUGAAGGCUCAGCCAUCCUGUUUUCCUGUGUUCUGGCAUACAUGGGAUUUCUGGCCUUAGUGAGUUUUGUAGUGGCUUUCAUUGCUAGGAAGUUGCCUGACACCUUUAAUGAGACCAAGUUUAUUACCUUCAGCAUGUUGGUGUUUUGUUGUGUGUGGCUGACUUUUAUUCCAACUUAUCUCAGCACCAAGGGGAAAUAUAUGGUAGCCGUGGAGAUCUUCUCUAUCUUAGCAUCCAGUGCUGGAUUGUUGGGUUGCAUCUUUCCCCAUAAACUGUAUAUCAUUGUUUGGAAGCCUGAACUGAACUGCAAGGAGCAACUAGUAAAGAGUGCAAAGCAGAAAGGAGAUUUUUGA